AUGAAAGUUACAGUCAAAAGUUGGACUGGAGUUGCAUUAUGGAAAUGGAUAGCAAACGACGAUAAUUGCGGAAUUUGUCGAAUGGCAUUUGAAGCUUGCUGUCCUGAUUGCUCUUUCGCUGGCGAUGACUGUCCAUUAGUUUGGGGACAUUGUUCUCAUGUAUUUCAUAUGCACUGCAUCUGCAAAUGGUUAAAUUCGCAAUUAAAUCAACAAUUAUGUCCAAUGUGCCGUCAAACUUGGAGAUUUAAUGAUAGAUAA